AUGCAUAGGUUAUAAAAUCCUAUAUCUUGCAAGCCCCCCAGGGAAUCCUUUCUUGUUCACCACCUUGUCCUUCCCUUUCCAAACUUCAGCGUACAUACGUCUUGCGUGCAAGCCACGCCGUGCCGGGCACGACCAACACCAACACUCCUUUUCUCUUGCAGAAAGUUCAUUCCUUUAAAAGAGCUCCUAUCAGCUCAUCCACCCUCCUUUCGACCCAAAAAUACUCGGGUUUGAUACUGGUUGAGAAGUUCUCUCCUUCAUCUUCUUGACUAUACAAGAACAUAUCGAAGAAGCAGUUUCACCAGGUCAUCAAGAUGGUUUCUUUCAGCGCUCUUUUCGUGUCCGGCCUCAUGGCUACCGUUGCUCUGGCUGCUCCUCACCAGGCGCAUCAGCACCUCCACGCCAAGCGUAACGCUACUUCCGCCAAGAAGGGUGCUGCUUACAACGAGGCCUCCCUCGUCGCUGCAUUGACUGGUGUCUCCUGGGCCUACAACUGGAACAUGGAGCCCGAUGGUACCCUUCCCCCCGGCGUGGAGUACGUCCCCAUGCUCUGGGGCCCCAAGAUGUACAGUGGCUGGUCUGCCGCUGCCGACUCGGCCCUUUCCUCUGGCAGCAAGUACCUGUUGGGCUUCAACGAGCCCGACGUCGCCAGCCAGGCCAACAUGUCGCCGUCCCAGGCUGCCUCCGACUACAAGCAGUACAUGACCCCCUACGCCGGCAAUGCCACCCUCGUCAGCCCGGCUGUUAGCAACUCUGGCUCCGCCGGUCAGGGACUGGACUGGAUGAAGAGCUUCCUCAGCGAGUGCACUGACUGCCAGAUCAGCGCUCUUGCUGUCCACUGGUACGCCGAUGCGUCCCUCACCGACUACUUCAAGCAGUUCGUCAACCAGGCCAUCGAACUCGCCAACCAGAACAACAUCCAGGAGGUUUGGAUCACCGAGUUCCAGGCCACCGGUGACGAUGCCUCUCAGGUCCAGUUCCUCACUGAGAUUCUCCCUUGGCUCGACUCUCAGGCGGGUGUUGGCCGCUACUCCUACUUCAUGUGCUCCAACUCGGUCCUCCUGACUGCUGCCAACGUCCUCAGCCAAAUUGGUCAGGCUUACAUGUCCCUUUUUUAAAUAUCCACAUCAAUCACCGCUUGACUUCGGCAACUUUCCAUUACCAUUGAAGCCAUGAUUUGUAUGGAUAUUCUUCGAUUCUUCUACUCCACUGCGCAUUUUUUGUUAGCAGUGGCCUUUUGAUACAAACCACUUCUUUUUUUUU